CUGCUGCCCAAGAAGACCGAGAGCCACCACAAGGCCAAGGGCAAGUAAGCUACCUGUUUUGGUUAAUUUUGGGAUGGCUUGCACGAUGUCCGCAAGUCACCAGCCGCGCGCAAAUAGCUGGCCCCGCACAAGGCCACCGGCGGCAAAAGCCCCAUGCGAGCAGCUGGCAACCAAGGCAGCCCGCAGGACUUCAAGACCGACCUGUGCUUCCAGAGCUCGGCCGUGAUGGCCCUGCAGGAGGCCUGCGAGGCCUACCUGGUGGGGCUCUUCGAGGACACCAACCUGUGCGCCAUCCACGCCAAGCGCGUCACCAUCAUGCCCAAGGACAUCCAGCUGGCGCGCCGCAUCCGCGGGGAGAGGGCGUUAAUUCUUUUAAGCCAGUGACCAGAGCCUUUG